AUGUCGAGCUUGAGUCCGGAGAACAUCGAGACCAUCUGUGGAUUCCUAACGAAGGCAGAGGAAGGCUCCAUUGUCCAGGCCAUCACGGGUUUGCACGACUAUCUGUUGAACGAGAAACUGGCCUUCAAGCUGAGGGUUCAGUCUGACAUGAUCGGUGUGCAUUUCCACAACAGAGACGGAAUCGGAUGCUCAGCGACUCAUGUGGGGGAGCUCAUCUCCAGCAUUGCUGCGAUAGGUUUUGUAGAAAAGGAGGUGAAGGCGAUCUGUAUCGAAGUGCCCUCGGACCAUCGAGGCGACCAAGUGAGGCAAUUUAAUGAAAGGCUCGUCGCAGAGGCUGCCGGCAAGCUGGCACCUGUGUCAGGGCAAGCCUUGCGUUAUGCAUCCAUCGUUGGUAGUCAUACCAAUCAGACUUUCCGUGCCUUUAAAGCGGGCCUGGAACACAGCGACCCAAAGGUGACGGUGGAUGGCCGGCUCUCCAUGCCAAAGCUAGCCACAGUGGACCCGGAGUGGCACAGAUGCAUUGAGCAGGGCGUCGAGUGGCUCGUGAUCUCCCACUCCGUCACGGAGCACUUCCCCAACUACGCUGCUCUCGCACAAGCGGCAGGGAACACGGCGGGGCAAGUCGCCGCUGUAGAACACGAACUGCAGUUAGCUCGGAAAGUCAACUUGGCCAUCCAUGCCCACCUCGCUAAGAAUCCUGGUGCGACCACGGUUGCAUACCAGGACGUGGCAGGCGAGAUCCUUCGCUCUCGCCCGCCGUGCGGCUCUGCGCUUCCUGGUAUCUUCAUCUUCGUCCUGAAGUACGGAGGCGGUGUGAAGGAGGACUCCUACAUGAGCAUCACAGAGAGAUAUGUCAGGGCUCAUGGGGCUCCGAAUCGCGGCCUCGGAAACGACUUCUGGACAGGAUUGGCCACGGAAGUCAAGGGGAAGGAGCAGCACGUGUCGUGGAGACACUGGCUUUUGAAGCUGGCCUUCUCAGGCGCAGAGAAGUUCGUGUCCGGCAGUGAUUUGAAAAGGGCCUUCGGUCGAGACCUUCUGGGCAAAGUUGCCUCAGCUGAGCGCUCGUUGGCCGACUUCCUGCUGCUCCUGAAGUCCAUGCCCAUGUCCCCUGAGCUUGUUGCCACGACCGUCACCGAAAUCGAGAUGAGCAUGGCCGCCAUCAUCCUCGGCAAGCGGAAGUAUUGCAAGCACGGGAGCAUCGACGAGCUUCUUCAUGAACGAGCUCUCAGUUUCGGUUUGCCUUCAAAGUGGGCUCCCUCGGUGCCGAGUGCAGCAUCCAGCCCAGCAGCAAGUUCGAAGGAGGUUGCCGGAUCGUCGGCAGCCUACAUGUCCAGAGGGGCUCUGCGACUGUACGAUGGUGCGGGGAAUCUUGUCAACAAUGCGAGGGUCAUUGACAUGGGUUUCGCGGUUGGAAUGGACGUGGUCCGCAAAGCUGACGAUGCCCAGGAAAAGAUCAUUUCAAUCAGCCCGGACACUGUGGAGCUGGAGAUGUCGUCGGGCGUGCACACCGUGUCUGCCCAGAGUUUCGUGGACAACAAGUGGAAGAAACACACUCCGAAACAGGUCUUCAUAGCCAUGCAGGGUCAGUAUCAUGACUUCGUCAAGCACGAGAAAUCCUUCCAGAUUCUGGUCAAGCCGUCGAGGGAUGUGCAGGCCUUGAAAGCUUUUGCACACGGGACCUUGCGGCUACCGGUAGCAAGCACCCGCUUGGAUGUACGAGCAGCCAGUUCGAAGGCCGCAGGGGGUGCAGUGCAGCUGGGGUGCAUCAAGGGCUUUGGGUCCGAAGACAUGAUCCUGUAUGUCAUGCCGGUGGUGCAACUUCCCAAAGAUGGGUCGGGGGGCUUCCUGAACCCGUCGUGGGUGAUGCGGGUGUCCACGGAGCGCGAUGAGUGUAACUGUGAACUCGCUGGCCCCAAGGGCUCGGAAAAACAAUCUCUGAAGCCUGGCAGCUCCAAGUUCCUGCUUCCGUAUGUUCGCAACUUUAUCCGCAUCGACAAAGGCGAGAGUCUCGUGCUGCAUCGGCCAGAGCUGGCAAAGGCUGAGACAGUCGAGACCCUCGUGCUCAAGAAACAGAGGACCAGCUGA